AUGUGCAGUGAAAAGCCAGACAACGAGAGUGUAUCGAGCCCUGACAGGUUCAGACAGCUUAGAGCCAAGAUUCCAGUUCCCCUUACCACCGAUAUUUUGUCUGAUAAUGCGCUAGCGAUAAUUGCCUCCUCCCAAAAAUAUGAAUAUGGCGAGGAAAGAUGGCACGAUGAGAAAGUAAAGGACCAGGCCAGAAACCCUCAAUUUAUGGCGGUACGAAUCAGAGGUAUGUAUACCUCUGAUAGCAUUGAUAAGUGA